UAUAAGUUUAAUAAAAUGGAAAGCUAUUACGAUUGUAAUCACCAAAAGUCUCCAGUGAAACUGGAUUCUAUCAAGAUGCAAACAGCUAAAUGUAUCAGCGCACCUCUACAAAAGAAGAAGUUCAGCUUGGCAAAGCCUCUCCCAAAAUUAAAAAUAGGACGAAAGCUUAAUUUUACUCCCAAAGCUGCAGAGAAGCUGAAGAAGAUCAUCCUGAAGAAAUCUAAAAACAAGAUUCCAAGGAGGAGGAAUGUGGAUAGGAACUGAACACUAAAAAUGCCUCUUACUAAAUUUAACAGAUCAAGAAGGUUUAUUUCACCCCAGCCACGCAGGAACGCACUGAAAUAUAUAGAUAAAAUAUCUAAAGCUAGAAUCCUUAGUCCAAAUCAAAGAAAAAUCUUCACCUUCCCUCAAAAUUCGAAAUUUAUGAAGAAAAGGAAGGAUAGAGCUACUCACAUCGAGCAGAAGCUACAUGCACAGAAUUAUGAGGAACUGGAUACGUCAAAAAUGUGUUUCAAUGUAAGAAAAAACACGGUCUUCCAGAAGUUCAACCACAGUCCGCUAUAUAAAUCGAAAGGAAAUGACAGAUAUAAUCGAAGCGUGAAUAUCGGAGGUUAUGAGGUAUAUGACUCAGAGACUGAACAGGGAAACCCUGACCUUCUAUUUGACUCAAUUUGUUAACUUAUAAUUUGUCCUAAAACUACCAACAAACCUAA